AUGUCUCCUAUGAAGCAAAAAAUCCAGGCUUUAAGAGACUCAGUGAAGAAGUUUGACCCAUGGGUCUCUGGCAGCACCCGGGUUCCCAUCGACAGCCUCGACCUCUUCUAUCUCGAUAAAUUGGAUCCGCCGCAACCUCACCAUCUGAGACUCUCACCAACGACCACUUCCCCUGACGAGCUCGACAAACUAUCUAUCUUCUGUGAUAGAGCUACUUCUGGAAGGGCCAAAGAAGAAGUGUUAGAUGAAUCUUAUCGGAAAGUCAGAAAAAUGGAUAGCGACCGUUUCUCUUCGAAGCUGGACUCGCAUGUCAUCCGUUUGCUACCAACGAUCAUACCCCAUAUUGAAGAUCUGGAGAAUGGGGGCGUAGAAGCCAAGUUACAUGAAUUGAGCAUCUACGACACCGGUAGCUUUUUUCGUCCGCAUAAAGAUACUCCUCGAAGCGAGGACAUGUUCGGCACACUACUCGUAGUUUUCCCAACCAUCCAUACCGGUGGCCAAUUUGUCCUUCGUCACGGCAAAACGAAGGUCACUUUUGACUCUCACACCACUGUAAGUUCCAACACAAGCAGCUUGCACGACACCACCAUAGCGUACAUCGCCUUCCUUUCUGACGUCCAAAACGAAACAUUACCUGUAACGUCCGGCCAUCGCAUCACAUUAACCUACCACCUCUAUCGCUCCCAAUCCCCUCUGCCGGGGCCGGUAAAUGCGAAUAGAGUCUCCGAAGUGAAGAAAGCACUUUCUACUCUCCUUGAUAACCCUAAAUUCCUUCCCAAAGGGGGCCUACUUUCCUUCGCGUUAUCUCAUCCAUACUCCAUUCAACUUCCCGAGAGUAACCUCGACUCGGUGUCGUCCAAAUCAAGCCUGAGUCUUCGUGGGAUUUUGGACGCGCUCAAAGGGGAAGACGCAGUCAUCCGUUGUGCCUGUGAAGAACUCGGUUUUUCUCCUUCUGUGAAGACCAUUUUGGAGGAGCAAUCUUCAACUGGUCAAGUAGGCUAUAAAUCUUGGCAUGGCUUUCGAGUCUUACUUCAUGAAGCUAUCAAUUUUAGCCAUUGGGCAGAGAUACACGGCUCAUGGAUCAAAUAUAUCCUUCGCGACGGGAGGGGAAUACUCAUUCAUCCUUACGAUGAAGCCCCGAAACAGAUUUAUUGUGGUGAAGCUAUGGAUAAUGAUGAUGAUGAAUACGAAGAAGAUGAGGAAGAAGUAUUUUUUCCAAAGCCAAUAUUUUGUGUCACGGAUUUUGCGGACGGUCGGGUUGGACAAAGCGGGCGGGAAAUAAUAGUGAGUAAUAGUGAUGGCACGCUGGGCUGGUAUGAGGAGUAUCAGUAUAUGUUGAGUUUGAUAGUUGCGGUUGGACCUGCAUGGGAGAGGUGGGAGUGA